AUGGCGGUAGCCGGAAAAAAGAAACAGACCUGCACCUGGUCCCCUUGCCGUUGGCUAACUCCACGCUGUCAUGGUAAAAGACAUCACUGGUGGAAUCGCCAGCAUCGACGCGGUCUGCAGAGUUGCUGUAGCCGAGAGUGUGGAAAUUUUCUCACCACUCUCUACUGCCUUGUAAAGUGCCUCUACUUGGUGAAUGCAGUGGGCCAGAUCUACCUGAUGGAACGCUUUGUUGGUGCACGGGUCACCUUCUACGGUGCUGCGGUGUUGGCUGACCUUGUUCGUGGUCGAGGCUUUCUGGAUGUUCCCCGGUUUGAAAUGAAAACCAAUCGGAAACUUAUUCUGGCCCAGGGCGCAAUCCCCAAAUUGAGGGACUAG